UAGGUGAGCAGAUACUUUCAAACAUGAAAUGUAAUGCUACAUUUUAUAAUAUUUUGUAGGUGAGUAGAUGCUUUCAUCCUUCAAGCCAAGUGAGACGAAGUCUGCAAAAAGACCCACCACCCUUCUAAUCUAUACCUGUAACUAAAUAAUAUCCGCAGGGAAAAAGAACUAUGGCAAUCGGAAGAAGCGAGAUAUGGUCAUGGGUGCACGAUGUGGUGCCCGUUUUUGCCAUGUUGAUGUUAACAUGUCUGGAUAUGAGCUUGCUGACUGUCGUCAAGGCCGCCAUGAAUGGUGGUUUGGGGAGCAUCGCCUAUGUUGUUUACCAUAAUUCUCUUGGAACAAUUAUUCUUUUUCCAAUUUUCGUGUUUCGUAUGUUCAGAAACAUUGAACGUCCUCCUCUCACUUUCCCUAUUCUAUUCAGAUUUUUCAUCCUUGGCCUUUUUGGGCUUUGUCUUUUCCAGCUACCAGUGUAUGUAGGUGUAAAGUACACCUCUCCAACCCUAGCAAGUGCAAUCACAAACUUGAUCCCGGGGAGCACAUUCCUGUUUGCGGUCAUAUUCAGGAUGGAGAAAAUAGACAUAAGAAGUUCAAGCAGUGUAGCAAAACCAGGGCCGUUCCUAGGUUUUUGGAGACCCUAAGCGAACUUCGAAGUGAAGGCCUUUUUUUGCAAAAUUACCCUUUCAACAUAUUUAGUAACAAAACCCUCCUUCUUUACCCGGGCUUGGGACCGGCAAUUAUAAACUAAAAAGUUUAUAGUUGGCGAAGUUAUUUUUUUUUGUUGAAGGUUGUAUGUUUUGUAUAAAUUAAGUAUACGUUUAAAUGAAAUUGAU